AUGAGAUCGAACAAAACAAGUUUGCUUCUGGCUUUAUUGUCCAUUUUAUCGCAAGCGAGCGCCUAUACGUUCGUGAAUUGUUUUAGCUCAUUACCCUCUGACUUUUCUAAAGCUGAUUCAUAUAGCUGGCAAUCGAGUUCACACUGUAACAGUGAGUGUAACGAAAAAGGCGCAAGCUAUUUUGCCCUCUAUAAUCAUUCGGAAUGUUAUUGUGGUAAUACUAACCCCUCUGAUUCGGAAUCUACUUCCUCUUCAUGUAACGCGUAUUGCUAUGGUUACAGUAGUGAAAUGUGUGGUGGUGCAGAUUCUUAUUCUGUGUACCAACUUGAUUCUGACACAAAUAGCAAUAGCAUAAGCAGCUCUGAUUCAAGUAUGGGAACUACUUCUGCAACUUCCUCAACAACCUCCUCCACAGCAUCAACCAUAUCAUCAACCACAUCAUCAAUGGCAUCUUCCUCUACACUAGAGACUUCUUCUGAGUCAACUCAAGCAGCUGCUUCUGUUUCAACGUCACAGAGCUCGAGCACCUUAUCAUCAGAAAGCUCGUUAACCUCAAAUACUUUGACAACGAGUAGCAUUAGCUCUCAAUCACAAGAUGCCACUUCCAUAAUUUAUUCUACUGCUUUUCAUACUGAAGGCGGUUCCACGAUUUUUGUUACGAACACCAUCACGACAAGUGCACAAAAUUCAGGAUCGGCCACAGGUACAGCUGGAUCUGACUCUGCAAGCGGAAGUAAAACACAUAAAAAGAAGGCAAAUGUUGGGGCAAUUGUCGGUGGUGUUGUAGGUGGUGUGGUUGGAGCUAUAGCGAUUGCUCUUUGUAUCUUGUUGAUUGUUAGACACAUCAAUAUGAAACGGGAACAAGAUAGGAUGGAAAAGGAAUACCAAGAGGCGAUAAAACCAGUUGAGUACCCUGAUAAGCUAUACGCCUCUUCCUUUUCAUCUAAUCACGGGCCCUCUACAGGAAGCUUUGAAGAGGAGCAUGCCAAUGGGCAAACCGAUAUCAAUCCUUUCGAUGACUCAAGGAGAAUAAGUAAUGGAACAUUCAUAAAUGGCGGACCAGGAGGGAAAAACAACGUUCUAACGGUGGUCAAUCCAGACGAAGCUGAUUGA